AUGUCACCGGGCGUCACCCGUGCUAUACGAGGCAAGUUGAAUUUCUACGACGACCGCCAGUGGAAGCGGUUCAGCGCUCGACGGUUGGAACUUAUCGACACCCUCGAGCUCAGCUCGCGCAAGGCUAGUGAGCAAGAACGCGAUAUACGGCGCGUGUCGGAGACGCUUCGAGCUGAGUUCCAGUAUGACGAGCUGUAUGCAGACGAUUUCGACAAGUUGGUGCGUGCUGCGGUGCAGAGCGUGAGGCGGAAUCGCAAGCGCAGCCAUAAACGAGUCGAACAAGUUUCCCCAGUGAACCAAACGCACAAGAGGGUCAAGAUGUUGUCGAGCUGUGGAUCCGGCUCUGGCUCGGAAGAGCUGCUGCUGGUUUCUAGCAGUAGCGAGUUUCUCCGACACGAGGAUGAAGUUUAUGAUGUUAAUUAUGAAAAAACCAAACGGUAUUCUUCGACUGAUUACGCGCGGGAUAUGAUUACUAUCAUGACUAAACCGCGCCUUCCUUCGCUUUGCAGCAUGAUCAGCUCGCCAAAACAACAACAACAACAACAGCGACAGCGACAACAGCCACCACCACCACCAGCGCCACCAUCACAACAACAGGUUGCUUGUGAUGCUGCUAAGAAGAACAUCUUGAACAAGAUUGAGCGCUCGCGAACGUGCAACGAGACCUUGACGGAACGCCGCACGCAUAGUUUGAAGUGUUUGGGCAAGCUGUGCAUGGCGUCAUUUAUAGACUACACUUUCGAGACCUCGUUUGCCCAUGUCAACGAACAGUCAGUGGAGUACUUGCGCGGCAAGUUGAACCAAGAAGCGCUGUUGGCGAAGAUUUUCCGCGAGUUGGACAGCAUGCAAACCCCACCGCUCGCCAUGAGUGACGAAACAGCAGUAAUUUCCCUAUUUACGCUCGUGGGCGGGAUGGUGAAGGAUUUUGGAUUCGAUGACGUUGUGCAUCCCAUAUGUGAGAUCUUGCAUGCUUCUAUUGUUCGAGAUUACCCUCUUAUUAGCAAAUUGGCCGCUCCAGUAGCCACUAAGCGAGCCGAGGCAUCGAGUUCGCAGGGCGGCUCCCCGUCGCUUAGCCAGUUAGCCGACGUGGCCACGAUAUUACAGAAUCGUGCUGACGAUAAGAGUACACCACCAUUGCUUCCGCUGCUAAAUAAUACUACGAAUAGGCACACCUCCGCGGCGAGAAGCCCCCCAAGACAAACACACGCAUUGGUGCCGUUGCCACCGCAGAGUGGGGCCAAAAAAAAGGUGAUUUUGCAGUUCUUGCACCAGACGAUGGAGAUGAUGUAUCCAGCGCUAAGCUCGGCGGCGCCACGGUACUGCGAGUUGAUUGAAAACGUCAAGGCUGCGUUUCAUUUACACGACGUUGUAAUGGUGGAGGUGCGAUAUCAGAACCAAGCAGUUCAAACCGACGCCGAGUUGGAGAAGAUUCUAAACGGCUGUCAGCUGGUGAUUAAGUUGGAUGUCAGUACCCAGAUUUCUAUACCUAUUAGGAAAUUGAGCGCGAGCACCCUCGCGGGCGCGGGGAAACAUCAUCUCGAGAAAAGUCCUAGGGAGAUCAGCGGCCGUCUGGUGUCGGGGUUAGGGUUAUCUCAUUCGACUGGCAGGAUAUUGUUGCCUCCCGUAUCGGACACUGCCGCUAUAUCUGUUGGUUUGAACCGGCUUGAGUUUGGCAAUCUGAGGAAUAGCGGAUCGCUGCAGUACUUAUCACGACCCAGCUUCCCCAAGUUCGAGCCACUUCUAUAA